AUGACCACGAAGCGCAAGCGACGAGUGGGGUAUACCACUGAAGGCCUGGCCGCUGGCGAACGGCUCAAACGGCACAAGCUCGCUACAAGCAUAUCCGACUCCCCGUGGGGCUGGGUCGGUACGGAAGUCAUCGACGCGUCGGAGAUCUCUCUCAAACAUAGGCUUGCGACCUGCAGCUUUGCACGCGCUCCCACUUUCUGCCCGAACAAGUACAGCUUCCGCCCGCCCAAGCCUGAAUACCAGGACACACAGGAGAAUGUGGAACGCAGCGCGCGCGGAGGCGACGAGGUGAUCGUCAUUUCGGAUGAUGAGGCCCCACACUGCAAUAAAAAGCUGUGUCGUAAGAACCCCAAUUGUGUGAACUAUGUCGGGCAGGAGAAAUGGGAAAACAGAACAACUGCUUUGAAGCAGUACACAGUAGCAGCCAACCUUGGGAGAGAUCCGAGCCUCGACAACAGGCAGUCGGGGCUCCCCGUGGGUUUGAAGAAUCUCGGAGCCACUUGUUACGCGAACGCAUAUAUUCAGGUUUGGUUUCAGGAUCUGGCAUUCCGUAAUGGGGUCUACCAUUGUCAGCCUUCUCAAGACAAGGAACAUUCAUUCGAAGAUUCCCCGAUCUUCCAGCUCCAAGCAACAUUCGCCGCGCUGCAGGCUGGCAAGCAAAGAGUAUUCAAUCCUUUGAAGCUCGUGGAGAGCUUGAAGUUGCGUACGAAUGAGCAGCAGGAUGCACAAGAGUUCUCCAAGCUUUUCAUGUCACACCUCGACACUGAAUUCCAGAAGCAGGCCGACCCUGUGUUGAAAAACCUUUUGUCUCGUCAAUUUGAAGGUAGCCAGGCAUAUGCAACUGUGUGCCAGGCAUGCGGCAAUCGUUCUGAACGGGACUCUGAUUUUCUAGAAAUCGAGAUCAAUUUGGAGAACAAUGCCACACUGGAAAGUCGUCUCCAGGCAGUCCUGCAGCCCGAAAUGCUGUCUGGGGAUAACAAGUAUCGCUGCCCACGCUGUGGGACUCUCGAAGAUGCCACCAGACAGCUUCUCCUGCGCAAACUCCCGCCCGUCUUGCACUUUUCUCUGCUGCGGUUUGUGUUCGACAUCUCCACGAUGGAGCGUAAAAAGAGCAAGCAUGCUGUCGCGUAUCCUCUGGUGCUCGACAUGAACCGGUUCUUGGCCGAUCCUCCCGCGGAUGAGAACGAGAAUAUCUACGACCUUCAGGGUGUCCUGCUUCACAAGGGGCCUAGCGCCUAUCAUGGACAUUAUGAGGCUCAGGUUUUCGAUGUGACCAAUAACGCGUGGUUUCAAUUUAACGAUGAAGUCGUCACAAGAGUGAAACCUCCAGGAGCCAACGGUGUUAGUGACAAAGACAAAGCUAAAGGCUCUCAGACAGUCAAGGGAAAGGCUAAUGCGAGAAAGGUGCUAAGGAUUGAGGAUAGCGACGACGAUGUCAUUGAGGUCAGCCCAUCCACCAGCGAAGUCAAAAGCGCUCCUUCUCAAUCCUCCAGUUACAUCACGUCCAAAGAAGCAUAUAUGUUGAUCUACGCUCGACGAUCUGCGAACACAAGACGAGAAACUCCGGCGCCGCCACCGCGGGCGCUUGAUGCAGUGCGAAGGAUGAACGAGACUCAUGAGAGAGCUUGUGCCGCAUACAUAGAAAGAGAAGACGCUAUGCAAACGCGAUUCGACAGCUUGCGCGAGAGGGUGAUGCAUCUCUAUCAAUCAUGGCACCUCACAUCUAACGAUGAGAAAUCCAUUAUCACCAGUCAAGAGGCAUUGGAGCUGUUCCUUUCAAGGCCAUUAGGGGAACGCUUGGAAAAAUCAAGCGAGGUCGAAGAUACAAAGACAAAUGGCGAAGGGUCCGAUUCAUCCUCCAAAGAAAAGGUUGCAGAUGCGAGCCGUAGCGCGCAGCAGGGUGCGACCCCUCAACUGGGCGACAUCUCCAUUGAAGGUAUCAUCUGUGCUCAUGGGCGGCUCGAUCCGCGAAAGUCAGACGACAUGAAGAGGAUCAGCUACACGAUAUAUGAAUCCAUUUUACAUCAAGAAGGAUGUCGAUUUAUCCCAGAAAUGAGUCCAGAAGACGUGUGCGAUGAGUGCGUCCGAGAGAUCUUCACAGAGAAACUUUACCAAUAUCUCCAUCCAAAGCAGGUGGAGCAACUCGAAGAUAUCCUGACAGGAACAGACGUAUCAGAUUCUGAAAGUUAUUGGAUCUCGAAGCAGUGGCUGAGAGACUGGAGACUCAACAAGCCAAAGAUGCAUACGGAACUGGAAGCAGACCCACCGCCGGAUUCGGGUGCCUACAGCGGCCAUGUCAUGUGUGAACAUGGAUGUUUGUCUCUAAACACAACGGCUCGUCAGCGAAUACCGGAAGAGGCAUAUCUGGUGCUCAAAGGCUUAUUUCCGUCUUGGGAAACAUUGCCCGAAGGCGCCGAGCACUGUGCCGUCUGUGAGGCAGCCAUUCAAAUAUCUCGGGAGGACAAGCGUGGGAUGCGUAAGGUGGUGGAAACUGAAAAGGCCAGGCUCAAGCAUAUGCACGACAACGCUCUGGUUGGGAACACCGCCCUCCUCGAAAAUGUCCCUUGUGCUCUCAUCCCCGCGACCUUUGUCCGUUCCUGGAGACAAUGGAUCCUGCGACCCGGAGAACAUCCACGCCCGGACCGCCUCGACAACACCCCUUUUCUCUGCCCUCACGAUAUGCUCAACAUAGACCCAAAUUUGGACCUCGACACCUCGGUCUGCCUUGUCCGAGGAGAGGAUUGGAAGACGUUGGAAGAGCUCUACGAUGCCAAGCCCCUGAUUCAAGUCAUCAAUCGACCGAAUUCCGACGCCGAGGACGGCUCCAACUUUUCUUUCCAGCACCCGAUCCCUGUCUGCCAUGAAUGCCGAUGGCAGCGGAAGGCAAACUUCGACACCACUGAGGUCACCGUCCACGUUCUGAUGGCCAGUGAGCCGGACCCCACGCCCGAGACGUACGGCUCCCGCCACAAGCCCAGCCAAGGCCUCCAGCAGACGACGCUCGUGACGUACGCGGGCGCGCGCAAGUCGAAGCGCCUCCGGCAAGCCAAGCAGCGCAAAGACAAGCGCCUGUGCAUCUCCAAAGACAUGUCCGUGAAGGACAUCAAGCUCCUGAUCCAGGAACACCUCGACGUGCCGACCAUCUGCCAGCGGCUGUUCCUGCGCGGUAAGGAGCUGCAGGAGAACGAGGCGACCGUCGCGCAGCUCGAGAUGGUCGAGAACGACUUUGUCGACCUCCGCCAGGAGAACGAGGACGUCGACCUGCUCGAGGACACAGACGUCGACGAGCCUAAGGCGAAGCGCCGCGCCGAGGGCCGCGCGUUCGGCGGCACCCUGCUGGGCGGCGGCGGCGGCAGCGGCAGGGGGAGUUCCGUACCGCCGACGUCCUCGUUCGAGGAUAGCACGAGCGAAGGGACGUCCACGCCGCUCGAGUCCACGCUCGCCUGCCCGGCGUGCACCUUGGAGAACCCUAUCACCGCGACCGUCUGCACGAUAUGCGACACACCUCUAGUCUAUAUAUAAUAAUCUGUAAUUUGCUUUUUAUACAUUGCGACCGUGCAUUUACAUAC